AUGAACCGCACCGCUGAGAACAUGACCGAUGCAAUCACCUACUUGUCUCUUGUUGUGGAUCAUGUCAACUCAAACAAGACAGUAAGCCACACUGCAAAGCAAAUCUCCAAACAAGCGGGUUGUGCUGUAGCUGGAACAGUUGUCGGUGGUGUUUUGGCAGGUCCGAUAGGAGCUGCGGUUGGCUCAGUGGUUGGCGCCGGGAUCGGUCUAUCGGUUUCAGACAAAUACGAUGGUGUCCUACAAAAACUUCUCAAACUGAGCGAAGACGAACAAUUCAACCUUGUUCAAGAGGUAGGAGAAACUGCUUCAAUAAGAAAAACAUCUUUACAAUUCAGAUCCGAAAUCUUGUUGGCGAAAAUCCGAUCGUCUCGUUCUACAUAUGGUACACGGAGCCGAGUAACCAAGCUGCCGUCCAAACAUUGCUUAUCACUGCAGUCGGACUUGCUGCAGCUGCAACACAAUCCUCUUCAAUGA